AACCACUCCUGGGAGGCCCGUCUGCCACAAUCGUGUGUGUGUGAAAGUGUAAAGCGACAGUGAGAUUUGUCUCGUGCGAGGUCACCUGCGCGUGCUAUUCAAGGGAGAUAAAUAUGCAGCCCGGCAAUGAGGCAGAUCAGUUUGAGGACGACGAAGACAUGCCUGAGACAGAACGGGAGCUCGCUGCCGACGCGCAGUGGAAGCUAAUUCAGAAGAACACCUUCUCCAGGUGGGCGAACGAACACCUGAAGACUGUUAACAAGCAGCUGGCGGAUUUAGAAACCGAUCUUAGCGAUGGAUUGCGACUUCUUGCCCUCGUUGAGGUGCUGUCCGGCAAAAAAUUCAAGCACAUCAACAAACGUCCCAACUUCCGAACGCAGAAGUUGGAGAAUGUUACCAUGGUACUUAAGUUUUUGGAGGAGGACGAAGGGAUACGAAUUGUCAACAUAGAUAGUGGAGACAUUGUAGAUAGGCGACUGAAGCUCAUCCUUGGUCUAAUAUGGACGCUCAUUCUGCAUUACUCAAUUUCCAUGCCCAUGUGGGAGGGAGAGGAGCCAGGCCCCUCUGAGGGAGGCCCCACCCCCAAACAACGAUUGCUCAACUGGGUGCAGAGCAAAGUGCCGGACCUUCCGAUCAGGAACUUCAACCACGACUGGAACGAUGGCAAAGCCAUUGGAGCUCUUGUGGAUGCUUGUGGACCAGGUCUGUGCCCUGACUGGGAGGACUGGGACCCUAAGAAGGCCAAGGAGAAUGCCAAGGAGGCAAUGGAUGCCGCUGAGAAGUGGCUGGACGUUCCUCAGCUCCUCAAGCCAUCUGAGCUGACGAACCCAAAGAUUGAUGAAAUGAGUGUGAUGACCUACAUUUCACAGUUCCCGAAAGCUAAGCUCAAGCCCGGUGCCCCAACUCGUCCCCGAGUGAACGCCAACCGAGUGCGUGCGUGGGGUCCAGGCCUAGAACCAACUGGUAACCAGGUGGGAGCUCCAGCGCGGUUCACCGUGGAAACGUUCAGUGCCGGGAAAGGCAAAGUUGAAGUCAUUAUUCUCAACCCCAAGGGCAAGCAAGAACCUUGCGAAGUUAUCUUCAACAAUGACCGCAACCUGACAUACUCCUGUGUGUAUGUGGCGAGUAUGGAGGGCGUGUACAAGGUAAUUGUGAAAUUUGCUGCCAAGGAGAUUCCUAAGAGUCCCUACAGCGUGAAGAUUGAGGGAAUGGCUGGUGACCCCAAAAAGGUCUCAGCCAAGGGACCUGGCAUUGAGAAAAGUGGAGUCGUUGCUGGAAAGAAGACUUACUUUGAAAUUUAUACGAAAGGUGCUGGCAAUGGCAAUGUGGACGUGGUUGUGCUGGAUCCCCAUGGUCGCAAGGACACCGUGCGCCCCAACAUCCAGCCCGUGAAGGGCAAGGAAGGAACCUACCUGGUGGAAUACAGCCCCAUUGAACCCGGCCAGUAUUCGGUCAACGUGUUCUUCUCUGGACACCAGAUUCCCAACAGCCCCUUCGCUGUCGGAGUGUCGCCAGCUUCCAAUGCCAAGGCUUGCUAUGUUACUGGACGCGGUAUUCAGCCAAGAGGAAUCCGUGUCAAGGACAAUGCAGAGUUCAAAGUUCACACAAAAGGAGCUGGAAAGGGUGAUGUCAAUGUCCAGAUCAUUGGACCAGGUGGCAUCCAAGAGAAAUGCAAUGUGAAGAAAUCGCCAACAGAAGAGGGUGUUUAUCUCUGCAACUAUGUACCAACCAAACAGGGUCCGUAUGUGAUCAAUGUGACUUAUGACGACGCUCACAUCGCUAAGAGUCCUUUCAAGGUUGAAGUGGGUCCAUUCAUGAUCUCCAAGAUUGUAGCCUACGGACCAGGACUGGAGUCUGGGGUGGUGGGCCAGCCAGCCAAGUUCACUGUGGAGACAAACGGAGAAACUGGUGCUCUUGGUUUCUCCAUUGAGGGUCCAUCUCAGGCGAAGAUUGACUGCAAGGACAACGGCGAUGGGUCUGCCGAUGUGACCUACUGGCCGACAAACGAGGGGGAGUACGCUGUCCACAUCCUGUGUAAUGAGCAGGACAUUCCCAACUCGCCAUACAUGGCUCAGAUCCGCCCAGCCGAGCAGUUCGAUGCAUCUAAGGUAAUUGCUAAGGGUCCGGGUCUGCAGAAUAGUGGAGUGACUGUUGGUCAGAAAGCAGACUUCCACGUGGACACGCGGUCUGCAGGGAAGGCAGUACUGUCGGUCAAGUGUUUUGAUGUGGACUACAAGCCCGUGGACAUCCUCAUGAAGGACAACAAGAAUGGCACCUUCGACUGCCACUACACCCCGAAACGCAACGUCAAGCACACUGUUGUCAUUUCGUAUGGAGGCGUCGCAGUACCCAACAGUCCAUACAGAAUAUUUGUGUCUGAGCCCACAAAUCCUGCCAAGGUCCAGGUUUACGGCCCUGGGGUAGAGAAAGGAGUCAAGACGGGAAAGUCGACAUACUUCAAGGUGGACUGCAAAGAAGCUGGGCCAGGUGAUGUUGCUAUUGCUCUGACUGACGGCAAUGGCCGAGACGUUCCCGUGAAAGUCACUGACAAAGGAGAUGGGACGUUCACCGUGGACUAUGAGCCAAAGACUCCCGGAACACACACCGUCAUGGUGUACCUGGCUGGCAAGGAGAUCCCCAAGAGUCCCAUCAAGGUCAAUGUUGAAUCUAGCAUCGAUGUCAGCAAGGUCAAAGUUGUUGGACUUGAACCAAAAAUGCCCAUGGGUGUGGAAAAGAAAGUUGAUAUCAUCUCGUCUGGCUUGCCUAAAGCUGAGGCCAGAGUUAUGAUCACCUCCCCUAGUGGACAGACCAGAUCUGUCCCUACGCAGGAAAUAGCCAAUGGAUACACUGCCAAUGUUGCCUUCUUGGAACCUGGACCCCACAUGGUCAGUGUCCAAUACGCUGGCGUUGAGGUCCCUAAAUCUCCCUUCAAGGUGGAAUCUGUGAAGAUGCCGCCGAAGGUUAAAGCCUAUGGUCCUGGUCUCAAAUUGGGAGCACCCGAGAAACCUUGCUGCUUCACCAUCGACACCAGAGAAGAAACGAGCCCGGGACAGCUUGGGGUCACUGUGGAGGGUCCCACCGAGUCGAGGAUCGAGUGUUCUGACAAUGGGGAUGGAACCUGCGGUGUGGCAUACUUCCCGCAGAAGGAAGGGACAUACCAGGUGAACGUCACCUACGGAGGCCAGCACAUCCCCCAGUCUCCGUUCACCGCGGAGAUCGUCAAGGGAGCAGGACUUGAUGUCAGUGGAGUGACGGCCAGUGGGCCCGGUCUGUCUCCUGAUGGAGUGUUCAUUGAAUCUCCAACUGAGUUCAUUGUUGAUGCUAAAUCUGUAUCUCCUGUUGGCGAAGGCAAUGUGAAGGCCACUAUAACCAACCCGAAAGGUCAGAAGAUGGAAUGUCCAGUUUGCAACAAUGCCGAUGGUACCUACACUGUACAAUAUGUUCCUUAUGAACAAGGACCAAUGACAGUGGAUGUGUCCUAUGAAGAUGCAGUUAUCCCACAGAGUCCAUUCUCAGUGCAGGCUAUUCCUGGCUGUGACGCCAGCAAAGUGAAGGCCUAUGGACCUGGUCUUGAAGGUGGUACAACCAAUGAGCCGGCUCGUUUCACUGUGGACAUGAAGGGGGCAGGUAAAGGUGGUCUCGGACUCGGUAUCGAGGGGCCAGUCGAGGCUCAGAUGAACUACAACGACAACCACGAUGGCAGCUGUGGCGUCGAGUACAUGCCGACGAAACCAGGCACCUACGACAUCUCCAUCAAGUUUGAUGAGAAACAUAUUCCAGGAAGUCCCUUCAAGGUUAAGAUUCAGAACCCUGUUGAUGCUAGCAAGGUGAAGUGCUAUGGUCCAGGUCUUGACACCAAGGGAGUUAAAGCUGGCGAACCCGCCACGUUCAUCGUGGACACCUCAGAAGUAGGAGAGGCACCGAUUGAGGCAACCACUACUGAUCAAGCUGGCAAUAAGAAGCCCAUUAAGCUUGAGCCCAUUGAAGAAGGGAAGUUCAAGGCUACGUAUGUGCCCACUGAGGAGGGUAAAUGCAAAAUUGAUGUCAAAUAUGCAAACCAAGAGGUGCCUGGCAGCCCAUUCAACAUGCGCGUUCUGCCUGGUGUUGAUCCCAGCAAGGUGAAGGUCACUGGACCAGGGGUGGGUAACUCCACACCAGCAAGUUUACCAACAACGUUCACCAUCGACACCAAAGAGGCUGGAACUGCCGAUCUUGAAGUCUUUGUUCAGCGUCCAGAUGGUACUUACAUCUGUCCAAUGAUCACGGACAAUGGUGAUGGGACGUACAGUGUGACAUACACUCCCGAAGAUCUUGGUGUGUAUGACAUCAAGGUGAAAUAUGCUGGAAAGGAUGUUCCAGGCUCGCCAUUCAAUGUCAAGGCCACACCGACAGGAGAUGCUUCUAAAUGCAAAAUUACAGAUGGUGCUGAGAAGACUGUGCCCGUCAACAAGGAAACGUUCAUCAGGAUUGACGCUCAGACGGCUGGUAUGGGCAAGAUAACCUGUCGCAUUCGCAGCCCCAAUGGCACUGACAUCGACAUCGAUAUUCUGGAUCAAGGCGAUGGAACAUUCACCAUCUCCUUCAUACCCCAGUUCCCCGGCGAGUACACGAUUGAGAUCAAGUUCGGAGGAAAUGCAAUCCCAGAGGGGCAGUACACAAUACAGGCUGUCUCACCAGAAGAAUAUGAACAGUGGCUACAGACGGUCGGACCAGGGGAAGAUUUUAUCGUUCCUGAUUCAGCUGAUAGUGUUCAUUCGGCACCACCUAGUGGACAAGGCCUGUUCCUGCCUGUUGACUUCUGUAUUCCGGUUGGACCCAUCUUUAACUUUGUCUCAGCAUUCAUCGUUAUGCCAUCUGGGAAGAAGGCCUACCCAAAGAUUGACGACAACCAGGAUGGAACCGUGACAAUUCGCUACCAGCCAAUUGAGACUGGUCUUCAUGAGCUGCAUGUUCACUACAACAACCAGUCUAUUGAAGGAAGUCCGUUCCUCUUCCACGUGGAUGCAGUGAACAGCGGCUAUGUGACGGCAUACGGUCCUGGUCUCAGUCACGGUGUCGUCAACGAACCGGCUUACUUCACCAUCAACACAAAGGAUGCUGGAGCAGGUGGACUGUCGCUCGCCAUUGAGGGACCUUCGAAGACAGAGAUUCAAUGCAAGGACAAUGAGAAUGGAACCUGCACUGUCUCGUAUGUUCCGACUGCACCGGGCGAGUACUCCAUUACCGUCAAGUUCGCAGACAAGCAUAUUGCAGGCUCACCAUUCACAACAAAGGUUUCACCUGGAGAGCCCCAGAAGCGAGCCCAGCUGUCAGUGGGAAGUAGUAGCGAGGUUUCUCUUAAAGUGACUGAAACCGACAUCUCGUCUCUGAGUGCCUCCAUCAAGAGUCCCUCGGGAAGACUCGAACCCUGUCUUCUCAAACGCCUGGCCAAUGGCCAUUUAGGUAUCACAUUUACUCCGCAUGAAACUGGAGAGCACUUGGUGAAUGUGUUCAGAAAUGGAGACCACAUCGCCAACAGUCCGUUCAAGAUCUUCGUUGGAGAGAGUGAGCUGGGAAAUGCCAGGAAGGUGAAGGUCAGUGGGAAGGGCCUGAAGGAAGGCAUGGCCAAUGAGAUUAAUGAGUUCACUGUCGACACACGAGAAGCAGGCUAUGGUGGAAUGAGUCUGUCGAUAGAAGGACCUAGCAAGGCAGACAUCGAGUGUCACGACAACGAAGACGGAACCUGUCAAGUCACCUACAAACCGACAGAGCCUGGAACAUACAUCAUUAACAUCAAAUUCGCAGAUGAACAUGUACCUGGCAGUCCAUUCAGUGUGAAGGUUGGCGGUGAACCAUCGUCUAAGAUCACAGAACGAAUCACACGCCAUUCAGAGGCGGUCGGCAUUACCACUAUUGGUAGCCAGUGUGAACUGAGUCUCAAAAUACCUGGAACCAGUCCAUUUGACCUGACUGCCUCGGUAACGAGCCCACAGGGCGUGACGGAACUGUGCGAUGUCAUGUCUCUGGACGACUGCCACUACAGCAUCAAGUUCGUUCCCAAGGAGAUGGGCGUGCACACCGUCAGCGUGAAACACAAGGAUGCUCACAUCCCUGGCAGCCCCUUUGAGUUCACUGUUGGCCCCAUCAUGGGGGGAGGGUCCCACAAGGUCCGAGCCGCUGGACCAGGUCUGCAGAGAGGAGAAAUCAAGCAACCAUGUGACUUCAACAUCUACACUCGUGAGGCUGGAGCUGGGGGUCUGUCUAUAGCAGUGGAGGGGCCGUCUAAGGCUGAAAUUGACUUCCAGGAUCGCAAAGAUGGAUCCUGUGGUGUCACAUACAAGGUCUCAGAACCAGGUGAAUACCUGGUGUCUGUGAAGUUCAAUGAUGAGCACAUCCCUGACUCCCCGUUCUCGGUCCCCAUCUCACCGAGUAUUGGAGAUGCCAGAAAGCUGUCCAUCGCUUCCUUCCAGGACAGAGGUCUACAAGUGGGAAGACCUGCUGCCUUUUUAGUCAACUUUAACGGAGCUCAGAAAGGAAAGCUUUCAGCCAGUGUGGUGGCGCCAUCUGGAUCAAUAGACGAAGCAAUUAUACAGGACAUAGAUGAUGGAGAGUAUGCUGUAAGGUUUAUUCCAAGGGAAAAUGGUCCUCACAUGGUAAAUGUUCUUCUAAACGGAUACCACAUACCAGACAGUCCAUUCAGAGUUCUUGUCGGUAAGGUCGACGCCGACCCUGGAAGAGUUUCUGCCCAUGGUGAUGGUCUGAAAACAGGAAAAACAGGUCAGGUAUCAAAAUUCUUUGUGAACACUGUGAAUGCUGGAGCUGGUGCUCUGGCUGUGACAGUGGAAGGUCCCUCCAAGGUAAGGUUGGAGUGCAAGGAGUCGAAUGAGGGCUACGAGUUCACGUACACACCGACCGCCCCGGGAGACUAUCUCGUCACCAUCAAGUACGCUGGAGUCCACAUUGCCGGCAGUCCAUUCAAGGCCAAGGUUGAAGGUGAUGGACACGCCUCUGGUGUGCAAGAGCAUGCAUCAGUUGUCGUGGAAACUGUAACCAAGACGAGUAUCAUGACAAAGUUCAGUGGAAUUCAGAGGUUCCAGUCUGAUGCCAGUAAUGUCACUUGUCAAGGAAACGGUCUAAAGAAAGCGUUCCGUGGAAAACAGUCUACUUUCACUGUUGACACAAAUGGAGCUGGCAACAACAUCCUGUAUGUGGGCAUGAUGGGCCCGAAAGGACCAUGCGAGGAGCUGAUAGUGAAACACCAAGGCAACAACCAAUACACGGUGAACUACAUGGUGAAGGAGCGCGGAAACUAUAUGCUGAUUGUGCGCUGGGGCGACGAACACAUCCCCGGCAGCCCAUUCUGUGUGGAGGUCCAGUAACCAGCACUAUCCAAGUUCGACAAACAAAAAACUAAAUUUGCUGCUUCGCUCGAACAUUGUGUUGGGAAAUUUAAAUUUGUGGAGGCAUUUUAUUGCAUUGUAUACCACAUAUUUAUUGCUGAAAUGGCUGAGAAAAGAAGGGAAAGUUUAAAGUGGAAAAAAUCUGUUUGAGAAAGAAAGAAAAGUAAUGAAAAAUCUGUUUGAAAAAGAAAACUUUGUUGACAAUAUUGAAGAAAAAAUUAUAAUAUAUUUAUAAAAGGUGCUUUUUUUUCUUUCUUUAAAUUUUUCAUGUUUUCAUUCAUUAGAAUUUUACAAAAAUGUUUUUGUUUUUUCGUGUGAUUUUUUUUUUUUUUUUAAAAAGACUUUAAUAUAUUGAGCUUAGGACAAAAUUUAUUAUUGCUAUUAUCAUUUUAGGAUUUAUUUAAAAGUUUAUGAAUUUUUAUGGAAAUUUAUUUUUUGGGGCAUAAAAUCAAAUGUACAGCCAAGACGUUUUGUACAAAAUAUUUGACUUUUUAAAAAAGAAAAAGAAAAAAAAACGGAAGAGUGAGAAAAUGAAUAUGCAAAUCAUACUUUAUAUAAAGCUUUGUAUUUAAACAUAUAUAUGCAACUUGAGGAAUCUUUUGGACGUAGAUCUGUUUAUAUUCUCUUGUGUUUUGUCUUCAUAAUAAAUUGUUAUUGGAUUGUUUAAGGAACAGGGUGAAUUGUCUUAUGGUUUUUUUAGGUGUUUUCUUUGAAAUGUUUAAGAAAAAAAAAUAAUCAUGCCCCUUUUAUCAUCUUCGCUGAAAACCAAUCAUUGUUUAUUAUUCUUUCUUAUGAUUGCUUUAUAUUUGUCACUUUCAUCAUACAUUGUUAUGCAUAAUUUUUGUAGCGCUAAUAGUCGUAGAAAAAUUGUGAAUACUAGUUGUAAUAAAUUUCGUUUUAAAAACAUCUCAAAGAAAUGUUUAAAAAAGGACUAAUUUAUAAAUUUAUGAUCCAGACAAAUACAGCAACACCAUGACACAAUGAAUACUGCCAUAUUUAUGCUGUAUGGUGGAUUUUCAUAAAAUUAUUUAGUUAGUAAAUUAGACUAACACUUUAGAAACACAGGGCCAUAUCUAGUCUGAAAUACGUGGGAUGGCAGUACACAUAGAAUAAUGGCCAGUAAUGUUAGAUCUACUCCAGAUACACAAAGAGGUCAUUUCUAAACUAAACGGACAUUUUUUGUUGUUAUAAUUUUGAUAUGCACUCUACCAGUGCAUCAUAAUAUACACUGAACAAUAAAAGUAUUGCAAAUACAUGUAUUAAUAUAAUUUUCUUUAAUUUAUUUAAAAUUUAGUUUGGAUCCCUUUAAAGUGUGUUCCAUUUGUUAUUCAGUGUAUUUGAGUGAAACCUGCCUUAAGUUCAGCCAGCGAACGUUUCGCUAAUGUUUGCGAACUAUUUAACUGGUUCCAAACGUUACCAUUUGAUUUACCGUGAAGUGCAUAAACCAGUCUAGCGGACGUCCUUCUGCUCGGGCUGGCUGAACUCGGUCCAGGAGUUUACAGUCGAAACAAAAGUUGUAUAAGUUUUGUUAACAGCUGCUUAAUUUAUUUCCAAGUGUCUCAGUUGGAUUGUAUUGUUGCUUUGUGUUUUAUUGAAGAAGAAGAAGAAAAAUGUUAUGUAAAAUGUUUAUGCCAUUUAAUGUGAUAAAUUUUUAAAACAGUACUGUUUGUAAACAAUAACUUUUUCAAAGAGUACUGUUCGUAAACAAUUCUAGUGUGUUUUCCACCCACUUUUGAAUUUAUACACACCUCUUGUAGUCCUUUACAAAUAGUGCAAGCUUAUUAGUGAUAGCAAUACCUUAAUAUAUAUAUAUAUCUAUAUGUAUAUAUGUUGAGCAAUACUAAUGAAGUCAACUUCGAUAAAAUAAGUGCUCAAACAAAAGUGCUUAAUGCCAGAAAGUUGCCAUCAUUGUUACAUUUCAUGUUUACAUUUGCUGCAGCAUAUAAAAGCAUAUUGUAGGCUACAUUUUUACCAAUAAACUAUUCUUGUUCAUUUA